CGCAUGCGCCGCAACUCGUCACCCAACCUCAUUCUGCUUGUCCUGCUCGAACCAUCACCAACCCCCCUCUGUAUCCCCGAUUAGUGCUGUCCGCUUAUUUCUGUCGUCACAUACAUCCUCAAAACCCAUCCAUAGAUUGGCCGUUUGUUGAAAUAGUUUUUUUGGCUGGGAGAUCAGACACAAGAUGAGGCAGUGCGGGGGUUGGAUGUUGGGCCUGCUCCUUCUGUCCUUGCUGACCACCAUAAGAGAGGUGAGCGGCCAAGAAGAGCCAUCCCUGGAUGACAUAGUAGAUGUCGCUGAAGAUAUUGGCCUGGAUGAAGAGGAGCUGAAUACAUUACUGGGAGACAAGGAAAUGGAGGAUGAAGAGGAAGAUGAGGUCACAGUGGCGGAUGAAGAUCCCUUUGAUGAAGCUAAUGUAGAUGGAGACCGAAAUGAUGCCGACGUCUCCUUCCAGGUAACGUACAAGACUCCUGUUCCCACUGGGGAUGUGUUCUUCACAGAAACAUUUGAUGAUGGAUCACUGAGUAGGUGGCAGCUGUCAAAAACUGUCAAGGGGGAUGCAGACGAUGACAUUGCAAAAUAUGAUGGAAAGUGGGUUGUGGAACAACUGAAAGAGAACAAGGUACCAGGAGACCAUGGUCUGGUGUUGAAGUCCCGGGCAAAGCACCACGCCAUCUCUGCCCUGCUCAACAAACCAUUCAUUUUUCAGGAUGAUCCCCUGGUAGUGCAAUACGAGGUCAAUUUUCAGGAUGGUAUCGACUGUGGCGGUGCCUACAUCAAACUGCUGUCAGACACUGGUGACCUUAAUCUGGAGCAGUUCCAUGACCGCACGGCCUACACCAUCAUGUUUGGGCCAGACAAGUGUGGCGAGGACUACAAGCUGCACUUCAUCUUUCGUCACCAAAACCCUCUGAACAAGGAUAUCGAGGAGAAGCAUGCCAAGCGAGCUGAUGUGGAUCUCAAGAAGUUCUACACAGAUAAGAAGACUCAUCUCUACACUUUAGUCUUGAACCCGGACAACACGUAUGAAAUGUUUAUCGAUCAGUCCAGCGUGAGUCGUGGCAGCCUGCUUCAUGAUGUUGUUCCCCCUGUGAACCCGCCAAAGGAGAUUGAUGAUCCAAACGACUCUAAGCCCGACGACUGGGAUGAGAGGGCAAAGAUCCCUGAUCCAGAGGCUUCCAAACCUGAGGACUGGGAUGAGGAUGCUCCUGCAAAAAUCGAGGACUCUGAUGCUAUUAAGCCGGAUGGCUGGCUGGAUGAUGAGCCUGAGUUCAUUUCUGACCCCAAUGCAGAGAAACCUGAGGACUGGGAUGAAGAAAUGGACGGAGAGUGGGAGGCUCCACAGGUUCCGAAUCCCGCUUGCGAGGCAGCUCCUGGCUGUGGGGAGUGGAAGCGGCCUAUGGUCAAUAACCCACAAUACAAGGGCAAGUGGAAGGCACCCCUGGUGGACAACCCCAGCUAUCAGGGCGUCUGGAAGCCACGCAGGAUCGAUAACCCAGACUUCUUUGAAGAUCUGCAGCCGUUCAAGUUGAAGCCUUUUAAGGCCGUCGGUUUGGAGCUGUGGUCCAUGACCUCAGAUAUUUACUUUGACAACUUCAUCAUCACUUCUCACAAGGAGGUUGCUGACCGCUGGGCCUCAGACAGCUGGGGUCUGAAGAAGCUGGUGGCCAGUGCCAAUGAGCCUGGCGUCAUUACUCAGAUGAUGUUGGCUGCAGAGGAGCGGCCUUGGCUCUGGGUGGUCUACAUCCUGACAGUGGGUCUGCCUAUUGGGCUCAUCGUGCUCUUUUGCUGGCCCAAGAAACCUGAUGACUAUGUGUACAAGAAGGUGGAUCUACCAAAGGUGGAUGUAGAGGAGGAGGAAGAGGUGGAGGAGGCUGCUGAUGAGGCUGAAAAAGUGGCAGAUGCUGCUGAAGAACCUGCUGCAGCAGCUAAAAAUGGCGAUGAUGCGGAAGCUGAAAAUUUGGAAGAAGAAGAGGAAGAGGAAGAAGAAGAGGAUGAGGAGGAGGUGGAAGAGGAUGAUGGAGAUGAGGAGAGCCAAACUCCUGAAAGCAGAUUAGAAGAUGAGGUGAAGAAGGAGGAAGAAUCUGAUGAGAGUCAAAAACAAGCAGUGCGGAAGAGGAGGGUACGGAGGGACUGAGAGCUCCAUGCCAAUUGUCUCCUUCCUUUGUGGAGCAGGGAGUAGGCGAUAGGGUGCUCUGUGCUGCUCCCCUGUCAGAGGGAACAGCAUGCGUUCCUGAUUAACCUGUGAUAUCCACGGCUGCGCCAUCAUCUAUUGCGCUCCCCUCCCUACUACAUUGUCACACUCCAACCUUCCUUCCCAAUUUUGUCUCUCCUGAUCUGACGUGUCUUCACGCUUGUUCUCCCUUUCAACGGUGCUCCCACCGUUCCGCUGUAGCUUCAUAUAUUUAGAGGAUUGAGCUACAGACCACUGUCAUCUGACAACAGCAGUCUGCACAAACGUUAUCCAUCAACGUCUCCAUCCGUCGUCAACAUGGACCCUCGUCUCUGCUCACCAUGGUAGAGGAUGUUAUUUGAAAUAUUUGUUCAGAAAGCUCAGACUGCAGAGGUGAGAUAAUUCUACAGCAUCAGAUCAUCUGAGGUAAAGUCUCCUCAUUUUAGGUUUAAAAUAGUCUAACUCAGUGUAGACUCACAUAGUCGUCAACUGCAUCGCUAUUUCUUACCAAGUUAUAGUAAUUUAAGGAUUGAGUAGCUGUAAUAUUCAUAUUUAUUGGAGUUCUUUAAAUAGUUUGAUGCCAGCUUGAAUGAAUGAUGUUUGAGGUGUUUUUCUGAAGUACUUUGUGCUUUCUGAGCCAGGAGCUGUAGAAACUUGAGUCUUUAAUCUGUCUGCCUGCAGCUAUGACAUUCCCCAACUUCCAGAGUCCUGCUGAAGUGGAUGCCAUUUUAAUUUUCUAACAAUGUUGUGAGCUUUUAUAGUUCUCGCCGUUCACUGGCUGACGUUACUGUUCGUUUGCAAACUAUAUGAUGAUCAAAGUAAAAUGAUUUAAUAUAAA